AUGUCAAUGUUCGACUUCCCAAUCGUCGUGCUAAUCCUGAGUCUUUUUCCGAUAGAGAUGCAGGAGAUGGAGUUUGCGUAUCAAACGACAAUCUGGAUGAUGCGUCAAACGCACGAGAAACAUAUCAUGAAAUUGCAGGCAAAGUUCACAAAACACGCCCUAACUCCCAACAAAGAAGAAGAGGAGAAAGAGUCUGAGGCAGUCACAGAUUCUCCCCUCGUGAGCGAGAAUGAUGAUCCAGAACGGAAAGAUCUUUACUAUGGGUUCGAGGAUUGGGAUAAGGAAAGUUGA